UAGAAAAUAUUCACUGUAUUUUAAGUACUCGUUAAUAUAAUAAGUUAAUUUCAUUCAUUAAAUUUUAAAUUAAAAAAAAAUGAGUGGUGCCCUUUUAUUUAGACGACACAGUUUUAGAAAUAUCUCGAUUAAGAGGUUUUUAUCCAGGUCUUUAAUAAGGGAAAAAGCUUUUGCAUUAAAAAAAGAUGAGUUUGAAAGUAGACACAUAGGCCCUAGGGAUCGGGACAUAAUCAGCAUGUUGGACUUCUUGGGAUACAAGAGUUUAGAUCAUCUAACAGAUGCUGCUGUUCCAAAAAAUAUCCGACUUACAAAACCUUUGGAAAUCGAAGAACCCACAGGGGAAUAUGAUUUAAUUAAAAGGAUCCGUACUAUUGCGGAAAAGAAUCAAAUAUGGAGGUCGUACAUUGGUAUGGGGUACCACAAUUGUUGUGUACCUCAUACGAUAAUGAGGAACAUUUUCGAAAAUCCUGGGUGGACUACUAAUUACACCCCUUAUCAACCGGAAGUAGCACAAGGACGUUUGGAAGGGUUACUUAAUUAUCAAACUAUGAUAUCUGAAUUGACUGGAUUGGAGGUUGCCAAUGCGUCGUUGCUAGACGAAGGUACCGCAGCUGCAGAAGCAUUAUCUCUUUGCUAUCGCCACACUAAGAGAAGAAAACUUUUCGUAUCCAAGAAACUCCACCCUCAGACAAUAUCAGUUAUAGAAACCCGUUUAACUUCCCUAGGAUUGGACGUUGAGACUGUAGACGUUUUCGAUACUGACUUCUCAAAUCAUGACGUAGCUGGAGUGAUGAUCCAAUACCCUGACACUGAAGGAAAUGUGUUGGACUUCAGUUCCGUUUCAGAACAGGCCCAUUCUCACGGUACUUUGGUCUGUUGUGCAACAGACUUACUAAGUCUGACAUUACUAAGACCACCUUCUGAAUUUGGAGCUGACAUAGCCAUUGGAACGUCUCAAAGAUUCGGUGUACCAUUAGGUUAUGGUGGACCACACGCUGGAUUUUUCUCUUGCAAUCAAUCGCUGGUAAGACUGAUGCCGGGAAGAAUGAUAGGCGUUACAAGGGACGCCUCUGGAAGGGACGCUUAUCGUUUAGCUUUACAAACAAGGGAGCAACAUAUCAGAAGAGACAAAGCCACAAGUAACAUCUGCACUGCUCAGGCACUUCUAGCAAAUAUGGCGGCCAUGUUCGCAGUUUAUCAUGGUCCACAGGGACUUAAAGACAUUGCUUCCAAUGUCCACAAUAAUACGCUUGUUCUGAACCACGGUCUUAAAAAAGAUGGUCACGAGACACAGAAAAGUACGUUCUUCGAUACACUAAGGAUCGAGCCAAAAAUAAGCGUCGACGAGAUAAGGAGUAGAGCAAUGGAAAAGAAAAUAAAUUUGAGAUACUACGAUGACGGGGCUGUGGGUGUCUCAUUGGAUGAGACUGUUACAGUCGAAGACGUAAACGACUUGUUUUAUUGUUUCGCGUCAGGCAACAACGUCGACGGUCUUGUCCAAAACGAAGAACCAGAGAUCAUGAAAGUGUCCAUAACAAAUUCACCAUUCAAAAGAACCUCGCCUUUCUUAACCCAUUCGGUUUUCAAUUCGCAUCAUUCCGAAACGAGGAUUGUUCGUUACAUGAAGACGUUAGAAAACAAGGACAUAUCGUUGGUUCAUUCCAUGAUACCUUUGGGCUCUUGUACCAUGAAGCUGAACUCUACAACCGAAAUGAUGCCAUGUUCGUUUCAGCAUUUUACAGAUAUUCAUCCAUUUUCACCGUUGGACCAGACCGAAGGAUAUCAGCAGUUGUUUGCGGAACUGGAAAAGGAUUUGUGUUCCGUAACGGGUUACGACAAGAUAAGUUUUCAGCCAAACAGUGGUGCUCAAGGAGAAUACGCAGGACUACGUGCUAUACAAUGCUAUCACGAAGCUCGGGGUGACAAGCACAGGGAUGUGUGUUUGAUUCCUGUAAGUGCCCACGGGACGAAUCCUGCUAGUGCCCAAAUGGCAGGAAUGCGGGUGGAGCCCGUCAAAAUUAGGCAAAAUGGAUCGGUGGAUGUUGACGAUUUAAUGGCAAAAGCGGAAAAAUUCCGAAAUCGCCUUUCAUGUCUUAUGAUAACAUAUCCCUCAACAAACGGCGUUUUUGAGGAGACCAUAGCGGACAUUUGUGAGGUCAUUCACAAAAACGGGGGGCAAGUCUAUUUGGAUGGGGCAAAUAUGAACGCACAAGUAGGAUUAUGCAGACCUGGCGAUUAUGGAAGCGAUGUAUCACACUUGAACCUGCACAAGACCUUUUGCAUUCCACAUGGUGGUGGUGGUCCAGGAAUGGGUCCUAUAGGGGUCAAAAAACAUCUGAUUCCGUUUCUCCCAGGUCAUCCUGUGGUCAAUCCUCAUUCGGCAGCAACCGCAGGUCCGGUUAGCGCCGCUCCGUUCGGUUCUUCGGCCAUCCUUCCUAUUAGUUGGGCAUAUAUUAAGAUGAUGGGUCCAAGGGGUCUUAAGAAAGCCACCCAAGUGGCAAUACUGAACGCAAAUUACAUGAGUGCUCGCUUGGAGUCGCAUUACACGACCCUAUUUAAAUGUUCGACUUCUAAACUUAUUGCCCACGAGUUUAUAAUCGAUUGUAGAGACUUUAAGAAGACAGCUAACAUUGAGGUAGCUGACAUAGCGAAAAGACUUAUGGAUUUCGGGUUUCAUGCACCGACGAUGUCUUGGCCGGUCCCAGGGACGUUGAUGAUUGAACCGACGGAAUCGGAGGACAAACAGGAACUCGAUAGGUUUUGUGAGGCUAUGAUCACGAUAAGGCAAGAAAUAAGAGACAUAGAAGAAGGCAGGCUGGAAAUUAGGAUGAAUCCUUUAAAAAUGGCACCACAUACGCAAGAACAAGUGGUUUGUAGUAACUGGGAGAGACCUUAUACUAGAGAGCAGGCCGCUUUUCCGGCCCCUUUUGUUAGACCUGAAACGAAAAUUUGGCCCAGUGUCGCUAGAAUUGAUGACAUUUAUGGAGAUAAACAUUUGGUGUGUACUUGCCCACCUGUUUUGCCUGAAUACAACUACUAAUUAAAUGAUAAAGAUGAACAAACAUUCGUCUCAUGUUAUACUGACUUUAAUAGAAAUAAAAUAUUUAGAUCAAAGCGGCAACAUUUUACAGUUGAAUAAUUUUUUAAAUUAUAUAUUUUAUUGAUUGUUACAUUUUGUGAGAUUUUAUUUUUCUUUUCUGAUACUAGAAAUAAUAAAAACAAACGUCAAGGUAAUUCAUACUGUAUACCUACCUAUAUGUACGGAUGUUGUGUACGAAAGGUUUAUAUGGUAUUUAGAAAUAAACAAACUUUAUCCAUA